UAUUUCCGUGAGUUUUCAAACAGAUUCUGAAUCUUUCUGUAUUGUCUGUUUCCUGCUUCAUCAGGGUGCGAGGAAGAGGUUUAGCAAAUGCAGUUCCUCUGAUGAAGAGGAGGUUUGACUGAGUGUAAUCUCUGAAUAAACUGAUGGGAUGGUUGUUGGUUCAGCAGCUAUUCAGACAGGAGUGUCAAGUCAGGGAGAAGUCGGGAUUUUUUGCAAGACUUUCAAAAUAAUAGCACAAAUGUGUUUAAAGUAUUUUUAGUUUAAAUGUACAUUUGUUGCUUAAAACAGCAAAAUACUGUGUCUAAUUGAUAAAGUUCACUGUGAGUUUUAAAAGUUGCCUAGUUUUAGAGUUUUUUUCUGGUAUUAUAGUGAUUUUUUUUUUCCUGAUUAUUAUAAUGACACAGUGAGGAGAACCAACGUCAUUUCUUAUACCAAAUUGAUAAAAUGAGAUUUUUUUUGUGAAAAAAAGUACAAUUUGACUUUUUGUAUUUUACUUUACUAAUGAAAUCAAUAAUUGUUCUUGGACUGCACAUAACAAUAGUCUUCACUAUUUACAUAAAUUAGAGCAAUUUUUCUGACUAAUUGCUUUGUCUAGAAAAUAACAAAAUCAGGGAAAUUAACGUUUCUAACGAAGUAUCUUUUUUAAAUACAUGUUUUAUGCAACCAUUUUCAACAAGCACACACUGUACUGUUCAAAAGUUUGGGGUCACCCAGACAAUUUCAUGUUUUCCAUGCAAACUCACACUUUUAUCCAUGUGCUAACAUAACUGCACAAGGGUUUUCUAAUCAUCAAUUAACAUUUCAACACCAUUAGCUAACACAAUGUAGCAUUAGAACACAGGAGUGAUGGUUGCUGGAAAUGUUCCUUUGUACCUCUAUGGAGAUAUUCCAUUACAAAUCAGCUGUUUCCAGCUAGAAUAGUCAUUUACCACAUUAGUAAUGUCUAGACUGUAUUUCUGAUUAAUGUUAUCUUCAUUGAAAAAAAUGCUUUUCUUUCAAAAAUAAGGACAUGUCUGAGUGACCUCAAACUUUUGAAUGGUGGUGUAUGUUCAAGAUGUUUUUCAAAAUGGGGUCAUCUGUGAAUCAGAAUCAGGUGACAGCAGUGUUUGAGGACAAAAGGCAUUGGAACAAUCAGUUGUGCAAACAGACUAAUGAUUCAAUACGGCUGUGUUCUAGUCUACUUCAUCAAAGUGGAUAACAACUUGAGGAAAGCAGAUGUAAACGAGGUGUACAACUAGAAAAUUGGUUAAUUUAAAUCGGAUUUAGGAUAUAGUCACGAUUAGAGUUCAAGGCUGUAUCUGAAGCUAACAGAGUAGUCGUAUGUAUUAUAGCGUCAUACCACCUGUUUCUGCUUCCUAAACUGUAUUACCCAAAAAUGUAUCCUCCUAAGCUUUAUUUUUUAAAAUCUGUAACAGGAAUUUGCGUUUGCAUUGUCGCUGCCUUGACCAUGUAGCAGCGCUGCAGGUCAGGGAGGUUGAAUGAGAGUUGGAGGAGUUUCUGCAGGGAAGAGUUACCAUGGCCGGAUUUCUGCAUUUUACUCUGCUUUUAUUCCUGAAUUGUGUCUCAUUUGUUCUUGUUUCAAGCGUUCUUGCUAUUAACACAACUACAGUGAGAACCACUGUGGUUUCAGAUGCAGCUGAGAGCCUUUUUUCUGCAGGGAGAAGCGAUGCCACUGAGGUUCCCACCACAGGAUUCACGACCAGUUACAGUAAACCAACAGCUAAAACCACCACAACUACUGAAGACACAACUAAAGCAGCAGAGAGAGCUGGAUCCAGACGGGAAGCUGAAGAAGAGGAAGGUCCUCCUGAGUUAGCAAGGAGGUCCACCAGGAGCAUUAAGGUGGCAAAGAAGCCCAAAACAGUCCUGAAGAAACCCAAAGUCAUCGCCAAGAAGCCGAAGGUUGCUAAGAAACAAAAACCACAGGUCAAAAAAAAGUUGGCCACAGAAACAGUCCCACAAUGUCCUCCGCUGGGUCUGGAGUCACUGAAGGUCAAAGACAAUCAGCUGAGAGCUUCGUCCUUCAAACGCAGAGGCCUGGGUCCCCACCGAGGCCGACUCAACAUCCAGUCUGGGACGCAGGAUGGAGAUAUCUAUGACGGAGCCUGGUGCGCUCAGUACAAGGACAAGAAUCAGUGGCUGGAGGUCGACGCUCGGCGGCUGACUCGUUUCACUGGAGUCAUCCUGCAGGGUCGCAACUCCAUCUGGAGCUGGGACGUGGUUCAUAGCUACAAGGUGCAGUUCAGCAACGACACGCUGGUCUGGAAGCCGUGCAUGAACGGGACCCAAGAGGCUGUAUUUGAAGGCAACCAGGACGCAGAAACACCCGUCCUCGCCCUGUUCAACACUUCCACAGUGGCACGCUACAUUCGGAUCAACCCACAGACCUGGUAUCAGAACGGGACACAAGGGGACAUCUGCCUGAGAGCUGAAGUGUUGGGCUGCGCACUCCCAGAUCCUAAUAAUAUCUAUGCAUGGCAGAUGGAGCCGACAGAGUCCAGAGACAAACUGGACUUCAGACACCACAACUACAAGGAGAUGAGAAAGCUGAUGAAGUCGGUGAACGAUGCGUGUCCUGACAUCACUCGCAUCUACAGCAUCGGGAAGAGCUACACCGGUCUGAAGCUCUACGUCAUGGAGAUCUCUGACAAUCCAGGAAAACACGAGCUGGGCGAACCAGAGUUCCGAUACGUUGCUGGGAUGCACGGGAACGAGGUGCUGGGCCGGGAGCUUCUGCUCAAUCUGAUGCAGUACAUGUGCCAAGAGUACAAACGAGGAGACCAGCGCAUCGUCCGCCUGGUCAAAGACACUCGCAUCCACCUUCUGCCCUCCAUGAACCCUGAUGGGUAUGAGACGGCCUUUAAAAAGGGUUCAGAGUUGGCAGGCUGGGCACUGGGACGUUACAGCUACGAAGGCAUCGACAUGAACCACAAUUUUGCUGACCUGAACUCUGUGAUGUGGACCGCCAUCGAGCUGGAGACAGACCGGUCCAAACUCAUCAACCACUACUUCCCCAUCCCUGAGCAGUACACCUCAGAGGAAGCCUUUGUGGCGUCCGAGACACGAGCCGUCAUCAGCUGGAUGCAGAACAUCCCGUUUGUCCUCAGCGCCAACCUCCACGGUGGGGAGCUGGUGGUCACCUACCCGUACGACAUGACCCGGGACUGGGCCCCUCGCGAGCACACGCCCACUGCUGAUGAGAGCUUCUUCCGCUGGUUGGCCACAGCCUACGCCAGCACCAAUCAGGUGAUGUCCAACCCAGACCGGCGGCCGUGCCACAACAAGGACUUCCUCAGAUAUAACAACAUCAUCAAUGGAGCCGACUGGCACAACGUACCAGGAAGUAUGAAUGAUUUCAGCUACUUACAUACCAACUGUUUCGAGGUGACGGUGGAGUUGUCCUGUGAUAAAUUUCCUCACGCCAGCGAGCUUCCCAUUGAGUGGGAGAACAACAGAGAGUCUCUGCUGGUUUACAUGGAGCAGGUCCACCGUGGAGUUAAGGGUGUGGUUCGGGACAAAGACACAGAGGCUGGUAUAGCAUAUGCCAUCAUCAAAGUGGAUGACAUUGAUCAUCACAUCAGAUCAGCGGCUGAUGGUGACUACUGGCGGCUGCUGAACCCCGGUGAGUACCGAGUGACGGCUACUGCAGAGGGAUACCUACCCUCCUCCCGCAUCUGCCAGGUCAUGUAUGACUACUACCCAACGAUCUGUGACUUCAACCUUACCAAGAUGCCCAAACAGAGGCUAAAGGACAUUCUGGCUAAGGGGGGGAAACUUCCAAAGGAUCUGCAGCUCAGGCUGCGGCAGCUCCGCAUGCGGAAGCUCCGCGUCACCACCAAAGCCAUCAACCAGAGACGUGCUGCUGCUGCCAAACGGGCAAAGACGGUGUGAUGGUGAAUAAAUGAGAACAAAGCAGGACUUGGCUCAGAGACACCCACCUUCACUGGAUUCCUGUCAGGUUUUCUUUUUUAAAUGUUGUAAUUUAUCAAAGACAACAGAUGGACACCUUGCUCCUUUUUUUUUUUAAAGCAGUGUUUCUUAGUUAUUUUAUACCAGCACACAUGCUCACCUGAGAAUUGAACACUUUCAUCUUCUGCUGUGGAGCAGCAGACAGUUCGGAGCUUUAUAACUGCGUUCACAAAUUUCUGAAUUCCAGAGAAAGAAGACAUUUGGUAAGAGAAGACUUUACUUGAGUCUGUGUUUAUUACAUAAUUACUAUUUGACUUUACAGUUAAAAAAAAUUAAAACAAAACAAAUUUAUUUAAGAACAGUAAGCUUCCACUUGAUGCCGUUUCUCAUCUUUGGUGGUGUCGGAACCUCUGCAUCUACAAAGAAAAAUAACAAAUAUUAGGCAGAACAAAAAAAAAAAAAUGGAAUAGAGAAAUUAUGCUACCUCACAUGCAGCACCAGAAAAAGGUUUAGCCUGCAAUAACACCGUUCACAACCAAAUCAUUUUUUCGUGUUAGCUUACACGUGGCACAAAUCAGCAAAAAAAUGAAAAAAUAUUUCAAAAUGAUUAUAAAAAUUAUGAAUGAAGAUGUGUAAAUGGUGAUCAAUGAAAUGACAAAUUAGUCAAUACUACACAUUGUACUGACCUUGUUGUGAAGCUGCAGGUCUCUGCUGCUGUUGGUAAGAAGCCAUGAUGCUGUUCGCGGUAGAGUUUGGCCCAGUGAGCUACAGAGCAGGAGUACGAUGAGUUAUAAAAAAAAAGCAGACAUUCAAAAUGUAAAAUUACAAUUAAAUAAUGUUGUUUUUUUCAUUUCUAUCUCACACACAAUGGAUGCGAGUGAAUUUAUCAAUUCAUUUUUGAGGAUAUACUUUUUAAAAAAACAUUUUGUUCAAAUACAGGGCCACCAUGACAAAGUUUUCUGUGAUGGUUAAUGGCUACCUAUUUAAGACCAGCUCAAAUCUGCUUGGAGAGUGUUUUUCUAUAAUAAUGACCAAGGUAACGAGGUCAUUGUAGCAAAUUAUAUCAUGUGAUUAGUGUCGAUUAACGAUUGAUGCUGUAGUUAAGAUUUUUCUAAUUUGCUUCUUUAUUGUUAAACCAGUCACAGCAACAAAAUAAAAGCAAAGUGAAAAUGAGAUAAAACCAAAUGUGAGGAAAGCAUUUCACCGAGAUACUACUACAACUACUACUAAGGUUGAAUAUUUACCAGGGCUUGGCUGUUCUGCAGGCUUUCAGGCCACACCUCAGGAACCGCUGCCUCCAUCAUCUGCAGAGCUUCUUCAUAGGAAAGCUGCAACUUUGCUGCCUGUUUGUCAAACUGGAACAGCACCAAGGCCUUCAGCAGGUUGUGGACUUCCUCUGUAAGUAGAGGAGGAACAAAAAACAUGCUCAUAAUAUUCGGUGAAGUUUAGAUUUUCAGUUCAGGUCUUUUAAAAUGCAGAAUGUUUCCUUUAUUGUUCAUUUGCUGCUUUGUCUACACUACAGACUUAACCGUUAGGUCUACAUCGACAGGUCAACAUUUUUGUCUGUUUCUGUGUUUAAACAUCAGUAAGGUGUCCACGUGAGAACUGAAUGUUUUUUCAUCCUCUAAGUAUUCAUCCUGUUCACAUUAGAUAUCUGUAGAUGACUUGUUAAUCUACUUUGAAACAAUGAGGGACAAAAUCCUCUCAUCCAACACACAUUCGAAAUCUCAUCUGAAGCUACAAUGACAGCUGUGCACGUUAAACAAAUCAAUAAAAAUAAUCCAUAAGAGUGAUCUUUUUGCAGUCUUUUAGUACAAAAGUUCCCCUUUAUUGGCCACAACUGCAGCUGCCCAGGAAACCACGGUCACAAAUAUUUCCACUCUUGAUUAAUAUGUUAUUUUAAUGGAUAAUCAGUUAAUGUCACUCAGUGUUUCUGAAAGCUCAAGAUGACGUUCUCAGAUGUCUUGUUUUGUCCAUAACCCAAAGACCUUCAGUUUACUGUCACUUUAUUCAUUUAAAAGUUAACCAAUUAAUUGUCACUGUUCUAAAAAUCUGUGCCAAAAAGUCACACUUUCAUAAGACUCAGAUUGCUGGAGCCUUUCAUUAGUUUUAGAAAAUGUUUAAAGCAUAUUUUUACAUAAAAUCAGAACUCAAAGUUUCCACAUCACUGACGACAUCGGGAGGGGAUAUUUUAAUGUCCAGUAUGAGCAGCAGGGAUGAUUGCAGCAGGCAAAGAUAGUUGUGUGCAUGUACAAGCACUCCUUACCACUUACUUUAAUCAUUUAGUUUUACCAUGUGAACGGAAGCAGUGAAUGUAUUGCGACAACAUGGACAAACUAAACUGUCCAGUGAAGGUCUUAAUAUGCAAACAGUUUUUGCAUGUUUGUAUCUGUACCUCUCAUCUUGUCCACAGAGGUGAUCAUCUCUCCCAGGGCAUACAUAAGUGCUCGGUCCUCCAUCGGGCUUCCUUCCUUCAGACUCAGCUUCUUUCGCUCGGCUUUCCGCCGGUUCUUUGAUGAUCUCCUGCAAGCAGAGCAUGAAUAUUAAACCAGAAACAAAGCAAACACUAGGGUUUUUUGUGCGUGUGUUGUAAGUGGGAGCGUUUGUCUUACGAGGAGAUACGGGAGUUACUCUGGGAGUAUUUGGAACCGGUCAUCACACUGCUGGCUUCAGAGUAAAGUUCAGCAUCAGGACAGUCUGGACCAUCUUCAUCUGAAGAAGAAAACUGAAUUUAACUGGUUUAUUGGGAAUGUAUAGUUCAUUUGGAAUUUUCACAAAUGAAGACAACAACCAUAGGGGAAAAAUGCAUCUUAAAAGAGCAUUUCCUAUUUAAUUUUUUGACAGAAGUAUUGCACAAAUAUUGACCAAACUGUCAAAAAUGAAUACUGUUUAAGGAGGUUAUCACCUCACAUAGUGACUUCACUGGCAACCCAGAUUCUUCCUCAUCUGACCUGCAGAAAACCUACCCAGGAAUUAGACUGAUUCUUAAAUCAUGUGAGCAUUUACAACCUCAUCUUCACUCCAGAUCUGGACCACGUACAGCACCUAACCUUUGUUCUAAGCCAGCAGUGAUUAAAGCCUAUGGAUUAUUUGAUAUGAACGUAGAAGUACUUAAAAUACUGCAGUUUUGCUUACUGGAAGAUGCAUAUUUUGUGAAACAGUAGUGGUUUAUAAUCCCACGCAUUGGGGAUUGUGUUUUUAACCACUUUCUGGUGACAUGACUGGACAAUAUUAAGCAUAUAGAUGGAGGCUAUGUUGUGAGACUGAUGUAAGACCUUUUGGGUUAUUUCAAAUUAAUACACAACAUAACUGACACAAAAUUACAACACUUUGGAUCACAUCACUAUUGUCUUGUUCUCACCCAGCAUGUCCAGUUUGGCCUUUUCUUUCUGCUCACGGACCACGGCCAGCCGGGUCCUGUGCCGUGUGAACGUCGCUACCUGAGCCUCCAGGAAGACAGUCUGGGUAUUGACAGCUGAAGAAAGACAAUAGGUUUUGUGUGGUAUUACCCUUCAACUUCUUCUGCAUGUAGUUUUUCAGCAAUUAUUUAACAGAAAUCCCCACGAUUUUUCUUCGGGUUCCUGGGGUCAGCAUGCUCACUUGACUGAACAUGUUGUCUAUAGCAUUCUUACCUUCUAUUAGUGCAGGUUUCAGGUUGGUUUCGGUGAUGUCUUGCCUGUUGUGCAUGUAAAUCUGAAGCAGAUAUAAACAUAUUUAUAAUAACACAUGCACACAUGGCAUGUCAGUGAUUGUGUGUCUACCCAAGAAUUUUCACUGAAUAUAGCCGUGCAUUUUAAAAAAAUUAAGUAAAAAGUAGGAAGGAUGGAUGGUUGAUUAGAGGUCUUCUUUUAUAUGAUGUCAUCUUUUUAUUGCUUUGGUGAGGUUUUUCAUACUUUACUAUUUUACUUGUUACUUGUUUUUGAAUUUUGCAUCUUUUGUCAUCUUGUUUUAACUUUAUCGUAACCACAGUUUAAUUCAGCUUUACAUAGUUUGGCCUGUUUUCUUGGUAUUCUGCUUUUGCUUUGAGUGUUAGCAUAGCGGUCUCUAACAUUUUUUGCACCACGGACCACUUUCAAGCAAGACAAUUCUCUGCGGACCGGUCAUCGCGCACAUAACAAAUAAUAACUGUUGUGUUUUGAUUUUUUCUUAUUAAAAAAAGUAUCCUAAACAAAUAAAAA